AGUCCACCACUAGUUGUAGCUGUUCGGGUAGAUUAUUUUUACGUUUAUUUAGCGGAUAUAAAAAUGUCGCGACCGCCGCAGAUGCAAACAUAUAAAUUGGUCGUAGUUGGUGGUGGUGGAGUUGGAAAGUCUGCUAUUACCAUACAAUUUAUACAGAGCUACUUUGUUACAGACUACGAUCCCACCAUUGAGGACUCAUACACGAAACAAUGUGUCAUAGACGAUGUGCCAGCCAAGUUGGACAUUCUGGAUACUGCCGGCCAGGAAGAGUUCAGCGCCAUGCGCGAGCAAUACAUGCGCUCGGGCGAAGGUUUUCUGCUCGUCUUCUCACUCAACGAUCAUUCCAGCUUCGAUGAGAUACCAAAGUUUCAACGUCAGAUCCUGCGGGUAAAGGAUCGUGAUGAGUUCCCUAUGCUAAUGGUGGGAAACAAGUGUGAUUUGGAGCAUCAGCGACAGGUCUCGCUUGAGGCUGCACAAAACAUGAGUAGAAGCCUAAUGAUACCCUACAUAGAGUGCAGUGCCAAGUUGCGCGUAAAUGUAGAUCAGGCUUUUCAUGAACUGGUGCGCAUUGUGCGUAAAUUUCAAAUUGCCGAACGUCCCUACAUCGAAGAGGGCUACAAGAAAAAGGGGAAAAAGAAGUGCUGCAUGAUGUAGUAAGCGGCGGCAAGCUACUGUUUAUAAAUACAAAAACUGCCUGCCAGUUCAAGUUCACUUCGCUUAAGUAGUUGUGAGUCUCUCAGUAAUAUUUUUUUAAUGUGGAACCAGUGAUGAUGGAGACGAAAACGAAGACUCAACUGCUGUCACAGAACACAACACAACAUAAUGCAAUGCAAUAAUAACCACAACAAUAACGAAAUGAAUGUAACGCCAACUCAAAACUACCAGCGCGUCGACUGAGCUAAGAUUUUUAAUCCGAAACUAGAAACCAAACAACCCAAACGAAGUGCAUUUUUUACUUACCCAGUGGCGUGUGGAUAAAUCGCCGGCCGAAUCGAAUAACUAAAUGGAAAGUGUGUCAAUAAAUUGGGAAUGUAUGUCCUUGUGUGUCCCGACACACUUAUGUGCUUAUGUAAUGCAUCCGAUACAUAUACAAUUGCUUUUUACAUACAUAAUACACAUUCGCUAUACACUCAUAAAUACAUGCUUACAUACACGUAUAUACAUAUAUACAUACAUAUUUAUACAUAUAUUUUUGUAAUUUUAUUUGUUAAUUAACAACACCAAUUAAGGGCAAAUGUUUUUAUGAUUGGACUUUUGCGAAAUCCAUUUAUUGAAUUAAUAAUUGACUCAAGAACUCGAUGGAACGAUCGUUUGUUUUGAUUAAGCCAAAAGUAAUGUGUUAUUGUAAAUUGUAUUGUUAUUUACUACUAAUGUACUACGUGUAAUACAUACGUGCAUAUUAAUGCUUGCGUAUAAUCAAUGUUUAGCAGAGCUGAUUUUGUUAAUGGUAUGUGUUUGACAAGUGAGUGCCUCUUUGCAAUAUGCCAGCUUUUGUAAUAUACAACCUUAAAGCGAGUCGAUCGAUGAAAGUGAAACGCACAAAACAAUAAUAUUUGUAAUCCUACGUUUUUAUACAUUUAUACACACAAGCAAAAUAAUAUAUAUUGUUUUUAAAAUCAAAGCUACUUAUACACAUUUAUGUAUCAACAUAUGAUGUUCUGAAUUGUACUCUUGUUUAACUCCACACUGUUUAGUUUAACAAAUUAUUUAAUUAUAUUUAAUAUAAAU